CCUAUUUGCAGGCUGCCCUGAAGCCUCCACAUUGUAGUCUGCGUACGGGUUGGGCUAACUGCUUGUUUAUACACUGCCAGAAGCUAGGAUCCAUGGCAUCUACAAUAGGAAUCGCUGAGCAGUGGUGGGAGAACGCGAGCCUUGCCAAUCUGCCCAGCAGUGCGCACAGAGCGUGGAUAGGCCAUAGUUGCGACCUUGGAGAGCCCAGCAUGCAUUCGUUGACGACAUACUCUGGUGUUGACCAACUUGUAUAAGGCUUCUGCCAUUUGAAAAGUCUCUGUGCCUGCUCCUUGAGCGUCGUGAACUUUUUCAAUGUAUUCUCCUACUGCAAAACUAAACGGGCUCUCGCUUGACGCUAUGCCACCAGUGACUCGUUCCAUGUCGCGGCUACAAGGUGACACCUCGCCGCCCCCUAUUGUCGACUAUGAAUCAAGUCUCGAAAGUGAAGAAAGCGAGUCAGACUGGUCCGAGACGGAUGAAGAUUCAUUGACCAUCAAGUCGCCUACACGGAUCAUCUAUCGCCUCGACAAUCUGACACAAGGGCAAAGGGACGUGGUCCGCGACACCUUCAACUGCCCCCUUCAGAUUUCUCUACAACGCUGCCGCCACGUGGACAACACAUACGCCUUCCAAAUGACAGAGCUUGUAAAUCGCUCCAUACGGCUGCACAGGGACGGGGAGCGGACCAUACUUGUCUGCUCAUGCGCGGGCGACGUCAACGAGACCACUGCUUGUUCGCACAUUCUCUGGCUGCUUGACCAGAUACUUGAUCAGACCUUAUACGACCACGACCGACGCGAACCUGUGCGUCUGAACCAACGAGGGUUCGCUGAUGAGAUGGGCGACCUCUUUGAGCGCAUCAGUAAGCAUCACAUCGACAUUCUCGCCGCCGACCUGCACUGCCCCCUUAUACGCGAAGACGCAGAUUUCAGAAUCGACGCAGCUCGAAUACUCGAGGCUCGGGAGCUACUCGCCUCGAUACAUGCGGAAGAUCCGGACACAUUUCGACCAGAUAUAUUCGAUAGUCCCAGCCAGGGCACGAAAGUGAUCAAGCGUCACGAUAUCGACCGCACCAUUUUCAGAAUGCUGCUCGACAACAACAACUUUUUCCAGUACUUUAGGUCCCUCAGUCGGCCAGGAGAUCCCAUCAGAGACGUCUUUCGGAAGCUAUCGCAACGAGUCGACCGAGUGCUAGACAAGCUGGACGCUGGCGGUACGGACGGUUCCAAAACCACAGAAUGGGCAACACACCAUAUCAGAGGCUGCGUGUCCUCCAUUCGGUGUGCUGUGUUCGACCGUGACCAGCCGCUACCCUUUUCAGAGGCACACGCAGCCGCAGCCGCGCUCGUUCAUAUCUUGUCAGCCGUUGUCACUCGACAUCCGCGCGCAUCGAGUCAUGUAUCUGGACAAGGUCGAAACCUGUACAUGAGUCUUGUGGGGGAAAGGGAUAUCGACUUUGUCGUGGGUGUGUUGAGCUUACUGCCUGAAGCGGCAUGUCACUUCCUGUACGAUCUCGAAGCGCUGCUCGAGCAAGUCGAAACAUAUGGCGCUCCGGUGUCGUACGUCACCAAGUUUCGGACGCUCAUUGCGAGCCUACGGGGUCUCAGACCUGAGAGCAGACCGAAGAGAGCGAAUGACGUUACUGCGUCGGGUCGGCGGAGCAAACGAAUGAAGUAACGCGCGCAAGACUUACCGCCACGAGUGGUAGGCUCUUUUGUCGGGAGCUAUCGUGAGGCCAUCAUGUGUCAGAGUAGGCCACUGCGAAGUUCAGAAUACCAGCAAGGCAUGAGCGUCUGCUUCAACGGCACGCAUGUAUACA